AAUCGACCUGAGAGGAAUGACGAUCGCGUUGAAUCCCAACCAAAUCGGGAAUAUUCUAUUUAUAAGGCUGUUGGUCGUCCAUUUGGUAAGAAAUCAAAUAUGCUCCUCAAUCCGCAGUUAAAGCAAAAGGCUGAGUGGUAUAUCUUGAACAAUUGUGCCGAAAUUAAGGAGUACCUUAGUGAGCAUAUGGAUGAAUUAAGAAGACGGGGGGGCUUGAAUCUUGAAGUUCAACAAAAAACUGAUUUUCCUCAGUGGUUCAAAGAAAGAGUGAACGGUUUGCAUGAGUCAACACCUACUGAAGUGAAUAAUGAAUUGUAUGCUCUCGCAAACAAAUCAAGCGGCACCGUGUAUUCAUAUCCAGGGAUGAUAGUGAAUGGUGUGAAAUUUGUGACUCGUGGUCGUGAUAUGAAGCUUAAAACACAAAAUUGCGGUGUAAUGGUGCCAAGUGAGGAAGGAGUGAACUACUAUGGAACGAUGAAAAACAGUUAUUACCGGCGGAGAAAACCGCCGGCAAUAGUGGGGAAAGCCGCCGGUAAUACUUUUCCCGGCGGUCUCCACCGGCAAAUAUCCGUCGGUAAAAACCGGUCGAUAAAGGCCAUUAUUGCCGGCGGAACUAGCCUCCCGCCGGUAAUAAUAUUAUUACCGGCGGAUAAUUACCGGCGGAGCCCGCCGGUAAUAAUUUGGUCAGAAUCACGCCUGACAAAUUAUUACCGGCGGUUUCCGCCGGCAAUAAUCCGCCGGUAA